AUUUCUGCGCUCCGAGCACCAAUCCCCAUCUUGUACAUCAAGGAUAAAUUUAUGACACAAAAAGCGACUAGCGCACAGAUCGCGAGCUCUCGAGACCCAAGCAUUCGAGCAUGGCGACCGAUGUGGUCCUCGAGACGACGAUGGGCGCAAUUACUGUUGAGCUCUACAACGAUCACGCGCCCAGAACCUGUAAGAACUUCUCCACCUUAGCUCAACGAGGAUACUACAACAACGUCAUCUUCCAUCGCAUCAUCCCCAACUUCAUGAUCCAAACAGGGGAUCCUACCGGGACCGGCAGGGGUGGCUCAAGCAUUUACGGUGACAAGUUUGCCGACGAGAUAAGCCCUUCUUUGAAGCAUACCGGUGCGGGUGUGCUCAGCAUGGCCAACAGCGGGAAAGACACAAACGGGAGUCAAUUUUUCAUCACACUGGCGCCAACACCGUGGCUGGACGGCAAACAUACAAUUUUCGGAAGGGUCAAGAGCGGGAUGAAGGUUGUGCAGCGGAUGGGCCUCGUCAAGACCAAUAGUGAAGAUAGACCUCUGGAGGAGGUCAAGAUCAUCAGGGCAAGAGUGGUCGAAGGCACGGAAGUGGGAUGACAGUCGACCGAGACACUCUUGCACCGCGCUAUCAGAUGGUGUUACCCGGAUCCAAUAUCCACGGCCCAAUGCGAUUCAAACAACAAGAUAACCGGAGCUGCUCAGAAUGCACGGCUCGUUAAAUCGACGGCAAGAAAGGGGUCAGUUGAAUUUGUGACAACCUGUCCAGGCCCACAGCCCUUCUCCACGACCGCUGAAGGAACUGCAGGACAUUGAGGUCGUUGUUCUAUCUACGAUCAACAUCCUCGAGAUGAUAUCUGGGACCAAUCCUGGAAUCCUGGACAAGCCACCAGCGCUUUGAGACCUAACUCAUCUAUAAGUUCUCUAUGUGGUGCUUUACACGGCGGCCUGGAGAUGUCCAGUGCCACAAAAUCAAUAGCAUGGAGGAUGGUUUCGUGGAGAUCAGGUGCGUGGAGACCUAUGCACCUCCCUGUCGUGCCCCUGAAGGUAGGCCAGGAUCUAAGCAGUGGCUGUUGAGGAGCGCUUCGCAUCGCACCUCGAUUUGUCUCCUAUUCAGAAACUGGCUCCUCUUUCCGGCGUCUGCAACUUGUAUCGUUUCUCCAGACGCCCAUGUGGUGGACCAUGCGAACCUGGAGAAUUGAUCAAGUGAGGAGGGAUUCUUGGAGAGCCGACUACUGCAAAGUCUAACGGGGAUCCGAAUCUUUUUUAAGCAACAACUGGGUUGGUUAGAUGGGCGCUUAGACAAAGCUUUUCAGCUUUCGGCCCCAGAUAUUGCGGCAUGCCAGCCUUGCGUUGAACGUUCGUAUUGUACAAAGGGCCCCUUUCCAGCUUAGCUUCAGCGUCUAUGAUCUACAGCCUUGCACGGUCUGCGGUCGUGCUGAAAGACGUUCAAUUUGGACCCCGGAAUCAGACAUCCGCAGCCUGGGAUUUUCGGAUACUCUAUUAGCUAAGGCCGGCUUUCGGCCUCAGGAUCCAAGGCCACUACUGAUGCUUGUGCAAUUCAUUUUAUGCUCAAUGUCAACGUCGGCCUCGUCGACCAAGCUUCUCCAUUCUCCAAGAUUGCGUCAUGUCCCUAUGUGUGUAUCUAGCGACUCCCAAGGCCAUUUGAGAGAGCCUGGCAGGCCCCUUCCGAGGCUGAAAGACCGCUCUCACAUAUCAGCCCUUUUCGCUCUUACAGAGCGUAUCGGAAGACACUUGAGCUGGAUCUUCGCACUUGCUCAGAGUCUCCCACAAAGACCGCCGUCUGCGAAUGGGCGACUCCAGGAGACGGAUGCAACGUGGUACUAUCAAUCGUAAGCGUAUAGACGAGCUCCACUGGCACUUUAUUCCCCUUCCCUUCAAACUUUUCAUGUGGCGGCUUAUAUUCCACCACACGAGCGAAGUAGGAGGCCUGAGGGUUAACAUGUGAAUACCCAGAUAGCAACUUGGACUUGC